GGGAGGUGCCCCGGGCCUGUAGAGCCCCGGAGGCCGAGGCCGCCUCCCGACGUCCACCUGCCGGCUUCUCCUGCUCCAUCUUCUCCGAGAAGCGGCGGCGACCUCGGCCUCCAGCUUGCGAAGCGGAGCGAAGCGAAGCGGCGGCCGGGAUGGUGUUGCUGGGCUUGCUGCAGUCGGGAGGCUGGGUGCUGGGCCAGGCGAUGGAGCAGGUGACAGGAGGCAACCUGCUCUCCACGCUUCUCAUCGCCUGCGCCUUCACGCUCAGCCUGGUCUACCUAUUCCGUCUCGCCGUGGGCCACGUGGUCCAGCUGCCCGCCGGGGCGAAAAGUCCGCCAUACAUUUUCUCUCCAAUUCCAUUCCUUGGCCAUGCAAUAGCAUUUGGGAAAAGUCCAAUUGAGUUCCUGGAAAACGCAUAUGAGAAGUAUGGACCCGUGUUUAGCUUUACCAUGGUUGGCAAGACGUUUACUUAUCUUCUUGGGAGCGAUGCAGCUGCACUGCUUUUCAAUAGCAAAAAUGAAGAUCUGAAUGCAGAGGAUGUCUACAGUCGACUGACAACACCCGUAUUUGGGAAGGGAGUUGCAUAUGAUGUGCCAAAUGCAGUGUUUUUGGAACAGAAGAAAAUGUUAAAAAGUGGCCUUAACAUAGCCCACUUUAAGCAGUAUGUUUCUAUCAUUGAAAAAGAAACAAUGGAAUACUUUCAGAGUUGGGGAGAAAGUGGAGAAAGGAAUGUGUUUGAGGCGCUUUCUGAGCUCAUAAUUUUAACAGCUAGCCAUUGUUUACAUGGAAAGGAAAUUAGAAGUCAACUCAAUGAGAAGGUGGCCCAGCUGUAUGCAGAUUUGGAUGGAGGUUUUAGCCAUGCUGCCUGGCUGUUGCCAGGUUGGCUGCCUCUGCCUAGCUUCAGACGCAGGGACAGAGCCCAUCGGGAAAUCAAGAAUAUUUUCUAUAAGGCCAUCAAGAAACGCAGGCAGUCAGAAGAAAAAGUUGAUGACAUUCUCCAAACGUUACUAGAUUCCACAUACAAGGACGGGAACCCUCUAACAGAUGACGAAAUAGCAGGGAUGCUCAUCGGCCUGCUGCUCGCCGGGCAGCACACCUCCUCCACCACCAGUGCCUGGAUGGGCUUCUUCCUGGCCAGAGAUAAACCACUUCAAGAAAAGUGCUACUUAGAACAGAAGGCAGUGUGUGGCGAGGACCUGCCUCCCUUAACUUAUGAGCAGCUGAAGGAUCUGAAUUUACUUGAUCGAUGCAUAAAAGAAACAUUAAGACUGAGACCUCCUAUAAUGACCAUGAUGAGAAUGGCCAGGACCCCUCAGACUGUGGCAGGGUAUACUAUUCCUCCAGGACAUCAGGUGUGUGUUUCUCCUACUGUCAAUCAAAGACUGAAAGACUCCUGGAUAGAACGUUUGGACUUUAAUCCUGAUCGCUACUUACAGGAUAACCCAGCAUCAGGAGAGAAGUUUGCCUAUGUGCCAUUUGGAGCUGGACGUCAUCGCUGUAUUGGAGAAAAUUUCGCCUAUGUUCAAAUUAAGACAAUUUGGUCUACUAUGCUUCGUUUAUAUGAAUUUGACCUCAUCAAUGGAUAUUUUCCCAGUGUGAAUUAUACGACUAUGAUUCACACCCCUGAAAACCCAGUAAUCCGUUACAAAAGAAGAUCAAAAUGAAAAAGGAACAAGGAACCAGUGUGGGUUCAUGACUGCAAACUGCAGCUUGAGAGAAUGAAGCUUAUGAAACAGCUUUCAUUGUGUACUGCUUUUUGAUGUGUAAUUCUGAAAGUCAGUUUGAUUUUAAGGUCUUAUUAACACAGUAAUUUUUAGCAAAUCUAAUGGCAUUAAAACAAUUUGUAAUAGUUUUGAUAGGAUGUGUUUUCAUAGGACUUCGUGGAAGCCAAGCUUUUGAGUUAGAAAUUCUUUCAGGAAAUAUUGGUAUUUGGCAGAUACUAGAGAAUACAGUGUCUAGGUAUUAUUAACUUCAGAAGCCCACAUUUCUCUAGGGAGACUGCUGCUGGAGAGUCUAGGUUUUUGAGUUUACCGUUCUGUGAAGACCAUGGAUUAUUUGUGUACAUGGGCCACUUCUGUGCAUAAAGAUGUGAGAGGGUGAGAAAUAAGCUCGCUGACAAAGCUUUAGGUGAAAUCCAGCGCUAAGUAGAUGGAGUGAUGAGUCCUUUGAAAUUUUAACUUGAAGUACCGCUACAGGGAGAUGGCAGAAACUGCGGCCCAUGACUUGAUCACCACAUUUCCUAAAAAUAAUAAACACUAAAGUAUGCUUGUCGAUAGUACUGGUUCCACAUGGUCACAUUUUGGUGAAUCCUUCUGGGAUUUGAUUAUGGCUUAUUCGAGGUUCUUCGUGUCCUUUCCAGAAUACAGUUAAGGAAGUUUCAAUUACCAGGUUUUUAAAAGCAUAAGAUCUUGAGAUCAGUGGCUUCUGAGCUUUAGCUUAGAAUGAGAAAUGGCCGAGUUAUGUGGGCUGUGUGCAGGAGCCUGGACCUAACAGAUUGUACCCACGGGCCCAACUGCGUGACUUGCCCAUCGCCUGUACUAGAGGAGUCAAGAUGGCGGUUGACAUGUGAUGCUGUAAUUCUAACCCUGCAAGACGAAGAUUUUGAGUUUGAGGCCAACCUAGGCUACAUAGCAAGACUGUCUCCAAACAAACACAAAACACCAAAACACCCUCCCCCAAAUAAUAGUUUUUUCCCUCAAAGUAUGUUACAGUUUUAAGAGGCUUGAAGACUUUGUAUGAAGGCCCAAAUCUUUCCUGUAAAAGGUUUCACAAUAAAUUCUCUAUGAGAAAAACCUCAA